AUGGAUAAUCAAUUGGAAAAUAAUAUCUAAAUCAAAAAUAAUCCUUACAAUGAGUGCGACAACGAAAAGUUAAGUAAUUAAUAUGCCGAUGCAUAUAAUAGUAAUAAAGAUAUCCCUAACAACAAUAAAAGUAACCCAGCUUCCUCUUAAACUUACAGAACCACAAAAACAAUUCGGAUAAGAUAGUAUUAGAAGGACAAAUCUUUUAGUAUGAGUCAAUAAAAUUCACAAUAUGGACCUUCGAGUCCUAAAAGAGAUUUUUCAGAGAAGAAUGAAAAACAAAAAACACAAACUAAAUUUUGCAUCAAAACAUCUGACAAUUUCUACCUACACAUAAGAAGGCCAAAAUAGUUCUCUUUAUACUAAAAUUGA